GCAUCACUUAGAUGUCAAAUGGGUUGGAUGACAGCUUCACCUCUGCAAAGCUCUAGUCUUUGCCAUUGCGGGUUUAUUUUCUGGGUUUCAAGAUUCUUUUUGUCAUUCCUACUUUAAUGUAUAAACCAAGUUGACAUGGAAUCUUUUUGUUUUCGAAAUUAUACGCUUUUUGGUCCUUUUACUCUGUAAUCGAUAAUUUUCACAGUAACUUAGUGAUCAAGCAAAGGUGAUUAAGAAACUCUUUUAGUCACACUUAUUUUCAACAAAAAUGAAUGAAAAAGAAAAGGAAGGACAUCAAAAAACUGUCGAACCAGCAAAAGUUGCUUGUUUGAGCUGUUCUACAAAUUCUGAGAGCUAUUUACCGAAAUACAGCGAAAUUCCGUAUUCUCAUGUUGACAAUAUGGAGAAAGGUUGUUUAUGUUUACAGUCCGAUCCAGUUCCACCAUACUCAAGAAGACAUCAAGAAGCUUCUAUUCACAUGGCGCAAGGAAACGGUUUCUUUAUUCUUUUACGAGAUGUCUUGUCGGCAUUAUUGUGGUUAAUUUUCUGGCCGGCAAAAAUUGCGAGAAUCCCGGAAGCACAGCGGAGACAAGAGAAUGAAGCUCUUCGGCUUGGUUGGUGCCUUAAUGGUUCCAUUAUAUUGAACUUUUUCUUUUCUUACAAAUACCUUGUCCCCUUUAUAAAGGAAUCAAUGAAAGAAUAUGUAUUGUUAUGGUUUCAAAUUACUGUAGCAGCUGUUCUUGUCAUCGUGGCUUUCUACAUGUUCUUAUUUGUUUGUUCAUUGUUGGUGGAUUUUAUCGUUAUACUGAUUCCUCUAGUUGCUUCUGGGGGUCCUUCAUUUUUUUCUUCGCUUUUUUCUGGGAUUAGUACACUUUUUUCUUCGCUUUUUUCUGGGAUUAGUACACUUUUUUCUGGCAUAUCUUCAUUUUUUUCUUCGCUUUUUUCUGGGAUUAGUACACUUUUUUCUGGCAUAUCUUCAUUUUUAUCUUCGCUUUUUUCUGGGAUUAGUAGUGCUAUUAUGAGUGCUCUAGGUUUCAGGAUGCCGUCAGAAAGAAACGACUUGACGGCUGAUAGUUGUAUCCCAUUAAACAGCAUGUCAUCAGAGCCUGAAUAUCAAUUUAAUGAUUGUAGUGAUAAUACUCUGGAGCAACCGUCCUCUGAACAUUCUGAACAAUCUCCAGGGUUACGGCGGGAACCUGGUCAGUCUAGGGAUGUGGAAAACAGUGAGAGUUGAUUGAUACGUAAAGUUAAUUUUUAUAUUGCCCAAUCUUUUCGAUUGUUCUCCUUCAUGCUUUCGCGUAUGUUUGUGUUUAUGUUUUGUUUAUUUCGUCCCUGCAUAUUUAUUUUGAGAAUGCUUUUUUGCAUGACGAGUACUCCUGAAUGGCGUCCGUUUUCUUGAUUUACUUGAUCUCUUCAACAAUGGAUAAGUAAGGAUGCUUAUUACUGGAUGAUAUUGUCAUUGUAUCUGCAUAGCUAGAUUCAAUUGCUUAUUUUUAUUUAUUCGUUUGAUACUCUAUUUUCUGAUCUUUGUUAUUCGUUUCAUAAGUCUAGGAAGAUCUUUAGUUCUUGAAUUUAAGAGUAAUCAUUGCAUUUCCAACUUCCACUGCUAUUAUUACCUUCAUCAAAGGACCAUGCCGGCCCAAACGCCAGCCAUAUGCUUUAACAAAGAGCAACAAACAAGCGAAACAAACAAAUACAAAGAAAAAGAAUUAAAAACGAAGCGGUGAAAAGCCUACAGCAUCCCGGAUUCCCAUGUUGUCUCCAAUCGUAGUACUAACGAGCCUUCAGACAGUUUCACUUCCUGCAGUGAUCGGGCGGGAACUGGUGUGCUGUUUUUGCCUAGGUAUAACCGUAAACGUUCGUUUCGGUUGGUAAGAUUACUACAAGUUCAGUUGUGAUCCAGUAAAGACGUUCUUACAUUUUGUAGUGAAAGACUCUUCUGUAUGAUGACAUUGCAAUAUUCCGGCCUUGACUAAUUUAUAAAAGACAUGCGAUUACACGACACUAUGUUGAAGCUAUAGUUAAUCACGACAGAAUCUUCGUCAGAGUAAUUAAAUAAUCAGUAAAAAGGGUGUUCGAUUCUAUUCACAAAGCAUAAACAACGAUAUUUCGUAACGAAUUAAAAGAUUCAUGAAAGAGUGAAUGACAAAAGCAACUUAAGC